GGGGAAGGGGACUGGGGAGGGUUGGAGUUGGUUGGGGUUAUUAUGGGCUGUCCGCGGGGGGGGGGCGGGGCUUGGGCUGUGGGAUUUCCCGGCCGGUGUUUCGGGCCCUUUAAGAGGCGAAGCCGGAGCCGGAGCCAUUUUCCCCCCUUCGGCCGCGGCGAGGAGGAGCUGGAGUGGCAGCGAGAGCUACAAGAGCUGGACCCCGCGGCUCCGGGUGACUCGGGCCAGCACAGAGGGCCCCAGGCCGGAGGCAGGAGCAGCUGGGCCAAUUCCCUGGCCAGGAGUGGAAGGGGAUGGCUUCAGGCCUGGGCUCCCCAUCCCCCUGCUCAGCAGGCAGUGAGGAAGAGGACAUGGAGGUGCUUCUAAACAGCCUUCCCCCACCCCACCCAGAGAAUGAAGAAGACCCAGAGGAAGACUUAUCAGAGGCAGAGACUCCUAAACUCAAAAAGAAGAAGAAGCCUAAGAAACCCCGGGAUCCUAAAAUCCCAAAGAGCAAGCGACAAAAAAAGGAGCGUGUGCUCUUAUGCCGGCAGCUGGGAGACAGUUCUGGGGAGGGGCCUGAGUUUGUGGAGGAAGAAGAUGAGAUGGUUUUGCGAUCAGACAGCGAGGGCAGUGACUAUACUCCUGGCAAGAAGAAGAAGAAGAAGCUUGGACCUAAGAAAGAGAAGAAAAGCAAGUCUAAGAGGAAGGAGGAGGAAGAAGAGGAUGAUGAUGAUGAUGAUUCAAAGGAGCCCAAGUCAUCGGGUCAGCUUCUGGAAGACUGGGGCAUGGAGGACAUUGACCAUGUGUUCUCAGAAGAAGAUUAUCGCACUCUUACCAACUAUAAGGCCUUCAGCCAGUUUGUCCGACCUCUUAUUGCUGCUAAGAACCCCAAGAUUGCGGUUUCCAAGAUGAUGAUGGUUCUAGGGGCCAAGUGGCGAGAGUUCAGCACCAACAACCCCUUCAAGGGCAGUUCUGGGGCCUCAGUGGCAGCGGCAGCUGCUGCUGCUGUGGCUGUAGUGGAGAGUAUGGUAACUGCAACUGAAGUUGCCCCACCUCCACCCCCUGUGGAAGUGCCCAUCCGCAAGGCCAAAACCAAGGAGGGCAAAGGUCCCAAUGCCCGGCGGAAGCCUAAAGCUAGCCCCCGUGUGCCUGAUGCUAAGAAGCCUAAACCGAAGAAGGUGGCACCCCUGAAAAUCAAACUGGGAGGCUUUGGCUCUAAGCGCAAGAGGUCUUCGAGUGAAGAUGAUGACCUGGAUGUGGAAUCUGACUUUGAUGAUGCUAGUAUCAACAGUUACUCCGUGUCAGAUGGUUCAACUAGUCGGAGCAGCCGCAGCCGCAAGAAACUCAGAGCUACCAAAAAGAAAAAGAAAGACCACCAGGACUACUGUGAAGUGUGCCAGCAAGGAGGCGAGAUCAUCCUGUGUGAUACCUGUCCCCGUGCUUACCACAUGGUCUGCCUGGAUCCUGAUAUGGAGAAGGCCCCAGAGGGCAAGUGGAGUUGUCCACACUGUGAAAAGGAAGGUAUCCAGUGGGAGGCAAAGGAGGACAACUCUGAGGGUGAAGAAAUCCUAGAAGAAGUUGGUGGUGACCCCGAGGAAGAGGAUGAUCAUCACAUGGAGUUCUGCCGUGUCUGCAAGGAUGGUGGGGAACUGCUCUGCUGUGACACCUGUCCUUCCUCCUACCAUAUCCAUUGCCUGAAUCCCCCACUCCCAGAGAUCCCCAAUGGUGAAUGGCUUUGUCCUCGUUGCACAUGCCCUUCGCUGAAAGGUAAAGUUCAGAAGAUCUUGAUCUGGAAAUGGGGGCAGCCACCAUCCCCUACACCAGUGCCCCGACCUCCUGAUGCUGACCCCAAUACUCCUUCCCCUAAGCCUUUGGAGGGGCGACCUGAGCGGCAAUUCUUUGUGAAGUGGCAAGGCAUGUCCUACUGGCACUGUUCUUGGGUAUCAGAACUACAGCUGGAGCUUCACUGCCAAGUGAUGUUCCGCAACUACCAGCGCAAGAAUGAUAUGGAUGAACCACCAUCUGGAGACUUUGGUGGGGAGGAAGAAAAAAGCCGUAAGCGAAAGAACAAAGACCCCAAGUUUGCAGAAAUGGAGGAACGCUUCUACCGCUAUGGGAUUAAACCCGAGUGGAUGAUGAUUCACCGAAUCCUCAACCACAGUGUGGAUAAGAAGGGUCAUGUCCACUAUUUGAUAAAAUGGAGGGACCUACCCUAUGAUCAGGCAUCUUGGGAGAGUGAGGAUGUAGAGGUGCAAGACUAUGACCUAUUCAAGCAGAGUUACUGGAACCACAGGGAGCUAAUGCGGGGUGAGGAGGGACGACCUGGCAAAAAGCUCAAGAAGGUUAAGCUGAGAAAGUUGGAGAGGCCCCCUGAAACCCCUACAGUUGAUCCAACAGUGAAGUACGAGCGGCAGCCAGAGUACUUAGAUGCCACUGGUGGGACUUUACAUCCCUAUCAGAUGGAGGGAUUGAACUGGUUGCGCUUCUCCUGGGCCCAGGGCACUGACACCAUCUUGGCAGAUGAAAUGGGCUUAGGCAAGACUGUUCAGACAGCUGUCUUCCUCUAUUCUUUGUACAAGGAGGGUCAUUCAAAAGGCCCUUUCCUAGUGAGUGCCCCACUUUCUACAAUCAUCAACUGGGAGCGAGAGUUUGAGAUGUGGGCUCCAGACAUGUAUGUGGUAACCUAUGUUGGGGACAAGGAUAGUCGUGCCAUUAUCCGUGAAAAUGAGUUCUCUUUUGAAGACAAUGCUAUCCGUGGUGGCAAGAAGGCUUCAAGAAUGAAGAAAGAAGCAUCUGUGAAGUUUCAUGUGUUACUGACUUCCUAUGAACUGAUCACCAUUGACAUGGCCAUUCUGGGCUCCAUUGAUUGGGCCUGCCUGAUCGUAGAUGAAGCUCAUAGGCUGAAGAAUAAUCAGUCUAAGUUUUUCAGGGUCCUCAAUGGCUACUCCCUCCAGCACAAGUUACUACUAACUGGGACUCCUCUACAGAAUAACUUAGAGGAGCUCUUCCACCUGCUUAAUUUCCUCACUCCAGAAAGGUUCCACAACCUGGAGGGCUUCUUAGAGGAGUUUGCUGACAUUGCCAAGGAGGACCAGAUCAAGAAAUUGCAUGACAUGUUGGGUCCUCAUAUGCUGCGGCGGCUUAAAGCUGAUGUCUUCAAGAACAUGCCCUCCAAGACAGAGCUGAUUGUGCGUGUGGAACUGAGCCCCAUGCAGAAGAAAUACUACAAGUACAUUCUAACCCGAAACUUUGAAGCACUCAAUGCUCGGGGUGGUGGCAAUCAGGUUUCCCUACUUAAUGUGGUGAUGGAUCUUAAAAAGUGCUGUAAUCACCCUUACCUCUUCCCUGUGGCUGCCAUGGAAGCACCAAAGAUGCCCAAUGGGAUGUAUGAUGGCAGUGCCCUAAUUCGAGCAUCAGGGAAGCUACUUUUAUUGCAGAAAAUGCUCAAGAACCUCAAAGAGGGUGGCCACCGCGUGCUCAUUUUCUCACAGAUGACUAAGAUGUUGGACCUGUUAGAAGAUUUUUUGGAACAUGAAGGUUAUAAGUAUGAGCGAAUUGAUGGGGGAAUUACUGGGAACAUGCGUCAGGAGGCCAUUGAUCGCUUUAACGCACCUGGUGCUCAGCAGUUUUGCUUUCUUCUUUCUACUCGAGCUGGGGGCCUGGGAAUCAAUCUGGCUACUGCAGAUACUGUUAUCAUCUAUGACUCUGAUUGGAACCCCCAUAAUGACAUCCAGGCUUUUAGCAGAGCCCAUCGAAUUGGUCAGAAUAAAAAAGUGAUGAUCUAUCGUUUUGUGACCCGUGCUUCAGUAGAGGAACGCAUCACACAGGUGGCAAAGAAGAAGAUGAUGCUUACGCAUCUUGUAGUAAGGCCUGGCCUAGGCUCUAAGACUGGCUCCAUGUCCAAGCAGGAGCUUGAUGAUAUCCUCAAGUUUGGUACUGAGGAACUAUUCAAGGAUGAAGCCACUGAUGGAGGAGGAGACAACAAGGAAGGAGAAGACAGUAGCGUUAUCCACUAUGAUGACAAGGCCAUAGAGCGACUACUGGAUCGAAAUCAGGAUGAAACAGAAGACACAGAACUUCAAGGCAUGAAUGAAUACCUGAGCUCCUUCAAAGUGGCCCAGUACGUGGUACGAGAAGAAGAAAUGGGGGAGGAAGAAGAGGUAGAACGAGAGAUCAUCAAGCAGGAAGAAAGUGUGGAUCCUGACUACUGGGAGAAGCUGCUGCGACAUCAUUAUGAGCAGCAGCAGGAGGAUCUAGCCCGAAACCUAGGCAAAGGGAAGCGAAUCCGUAAGCAGGUCAACUACAACGAUGGCUCCCAGGAGGAUCGAGAUUGGCAGGAUGACCAGUCAGACAAUCAGUCCGACUACUCAGUGGCCUCAGAGGAAGGCGAUGAGGACUUUGAUGAGCGUUCAGAAGCUCCCAGACGGCCUAGCCGCAAGGGCCUGCGAAAUGAUAAGGACAAACCGUUGCCUCCAUUGUUGGCUCGUGUUGGUGGAAACAUUGAGGUACUUGGCUUCAAUGCCCGUCAGCGGAAGGCUUUCCUCAAUGCCAUUAUGCGUUAUGGGAUGCCUCCUCAGGAUGCCUUCACUACCCAGUGGCUUGUGCGGGACCUGAGGGGCAAGUCAGAGAAAGAGUUCAAGGCUUAUGUGUCUCUCUUUAUGCGUCACCUUUGUGAGCCAGGAGCAGAUGGGGCUGAGACCUUUGCUGAUGGCGUCCCCCGUGAGGGCUUGUCCCGCCAGCAUGUCCUUACUCGUAUUGGUGUCAUGUCACUCAUCCGAAAAAAGGUUCAAGAGUUUGAGCAUGUCAAUGGGCGCUGGAGUAUGCCUGAGCUUGCUGAGGUAGAAGAGAACAAGAAGAUGUCACAGCCAGGAUCACCUUCCCCUAAAACUCCCACACCUUCCACUCCAGGAGACACACAACCCAACACUCCUGCACCUGUGCCACCCCCUGAUGAUGGGGUGAAAGCAGAGGAGAAUAACAAUAAAGAAGAAGAGAACACAGAGGGAGAGAGAGAAGUGAAACCUACAGCUCCUGAGACAUCAGUGGAGGGCACACAGCCCUCUGCAUCUAACCCAGAAGAGGAAAAGGUUCUCGCUGAGCCUCUGGAGGGAGAAGAGAAGGUGGAUAAGCCAGAAGUCAAAGAGAAGACUGAGGAGACCAUGGAGACAGAAACCAAAGGUGUUGCUGAAACGGAAAAGGUAGAGGAGAAAUCGGCAGUGGAUCUGACCCCGAUUGUGGUAGAAGACAAAGAGGAGAAGAAAGAAGAAGAAGAGAAAAAAGAAGUAAUGCUUCAGAAUGGCGAGACUCCAAAGGACCUGGGCGAUGAGAAGCAAAAGAAGAACAUCAAGCAGCGUUUUAUGUUCAACAUUGCAGAUGGCGGCUUUACUGAGCUGCAUUCCCUUUGGCAGAAUGAGGAACGGGCAGCCACAGUCACAAAGAAGACCUAUGAGAUCUGGCAUCGGCGGCAUGACUACUGGCUACUGGCUGGCAUUAUUAACCAUGGCUAUGCCCGGUGGCAGGACAUCCAGAAUGACCCACGCUAUGCCAUUCUUAAUGAACCCUUCAAAGGUGAAAUGAAUCGUGGUAACUUCUUGGAGAUAAAGAACAAAUUCCUAGCCAGAAGGUUUAAGCUCUUGGAACAAGCCCUGGUGAUUGAGGAGCAACUUCGUCGAGCAGCUUACCUGAACAUGUCAGAGGACCCCUCCCAUCCUUCCAUGGCACUCAAUACCCGUUUUGCUGAGGUGGAAUGUUUGGCUGAGAGCCACCAGCACCUGUCUAAGGAGUCAAUGGCAGGAAAUAAGCCAGCUAAUGCUGUCCUGCACAAAGUUCUGAAACAACUGGAGGAAUUGUUGAGUGACAUGAAGGCUGAUGUUACAAGGCUGCCAGCCACCAUUGCCCGUAUUCCCCCUGUGGCUGUGCGGCUACAGAUGUCAGAGCGUAAUAUCCUCAGCCGGCUGGCAAACCGGGGCCCCGAACCCACCCCACAGCAGGUAGCCCAGCAGCAGUGAAGAUCCAGGUUGAUGAUAACCACCUUACCACUGAGCAGUGACCCUUCCUACCCCCUUGCCCUCAAGCUUCUCCUUUGGGGGCUUGAGUCCCUCUUCCUUCCACUCUCUCCUCAUUUUAUAAAGGAACAACUACCCCUGUCAUUUGGGGAGGGGAGGAAGUGAGGGGCUGCAUCGCCCUUCCUGCCAGAGACAUGCAGCAGUAGCGCCGGCGCCAUCUGCAGGGAGAGGGCAGGCCAGCCCCACUCCGGGUUCAUGGCCUCUUCCCCACUGUAACGUCUGUUACACACAAACUCUUGUGGGUUCUCACCAAGCUUGGAGAAAA